AUGCGCUUCAACACUAUCACUUUAUCCAUUCUCCUCGCUCAGAGCACAUGCCUCGCUGCUCCCGCAGACGGCAUUGACUCGUCCCCAGGCUUUUCUCUCGCUCCGAGAAGCAAGCUCGAAACUCGUGACUCCUACGAUUGCAACGGCAGUGGUCUUUGCGGUACGAUCUCCGUCAAAAACUGCGAUGACGCCGUCAACAACCGGCUGAUUCGUAACAACGACGUCAACUAUGGCGCACCUGGCCGCUAUCAGGAGCGGGAGACCGCAGACAGGGGAGAUCUACCUGUGCUCGCACGGGCAAUCAGAUCUGGUAUGACUACCAGGACAUCAGACGCUCUGGCUGCCGAAUCUGCGGCAGUAAGCAUUGGGGAGACGGAUGCUUGA